UGUUUGGUUUGCAUUGAACCAAACCUCCUCCAGGCAGAUCUCACUAUUCAGCCUGAUCUCGGGAUGAGCCCUUUAAAUUGCCUAAUGCACAGUCCACCUGCAGAGGACAGUGAAGAACAAGAGAAUCUGCAAACACAGAGCACUUUGGAGAUGAUGGAGGUGGAGGAGAGCCCUUUAUUAGUCAAAACUGAACCAGAUCCAACCCCAGUGUCUCACUCCAAUUCUCCAGUCUGUAUCGGACCUGGCUGCUCCAAAUCUGCUUUACCCGAGUCUGUUUACUGCGGCAGUGACUGCAUCAUGCAGCACGCUGCCGCCACUAUCAAGAACCUGUCUGUGCCCAAAGCACCCAAGACCAGAGCCCGAGCGCAGAGGAAAGCUGCCCCUGCUCGAGCCCCUGCUAAGGCCCAGAGGGGGAGUAGGGUGUCUAAGCGACUUGCAAACAGAGAAGUGUGUGAGGAGACGAAGGAAGAGGACAAGCCUUCAGAGUCAGAGUCCAGUCAAACCUGUGACCCCAGUGUCACUGAGGCUCAGGCUACACAGUAUAAUGCCUCUGCUGUUGAGGAUCUUGGAGUUGCUGCAGAUGUCGUAGACUCCAUCACUCCUUCAGAACAGAUUUCAGAAGAGUCCUUUACUGAAACUGCACCAACUGCACCUCCUCCCCCUACAGCUGCUCCUGCUCCUAAAGACAAUACCCUCAGUCCAAAACCUGCUCCUGAACCAACUUUAAAACAGCAACCUCCAGAAAAGGCAAAAGAGACAAUCAUUAAUAAGAAUGUCUCAAAACUGAGUUCUACAAAAGUAAAUUCCCCAAAGCCAAGCAUAGCAUUCACCUCCCCAGCCAAACCAAUACCCUCACAACCCAUCACAAAACAGACUAAACCUCCAGAAACUUCACCCCCUGCUCCACCUGUCAAUAGACUACAUGAAACAGGUGCUAUUAUGGUCAAAAAGACUGCUUUUGUUAUACCAAAGAAGACCCCAGCACCCCAAACUCGAUCCAACCAAGUACCUCCACCUAGCCUAGAGCCUACCAAAAAAACGUCCCCUGGUCCAAGCCUAGAGCCCACCAAGAAGCCCUCCCCUGCUCCUACUUCUGUGGUUCAACCAGAGACCCGAAAUCUGCCCGUGCCUCCUGCCCCCAGCGCCCCCUCGUCAAGACCACCAUCGCAGCCCAAUAACCAAAUCAGGCAAAGUAUCCAGCGCUCUCUAGUCGGCAUCCUGUUCAAGAGAGUGUGUGACAGUGAGGAGCUGGACAUGUCUGAAAAUGACGUUGGAAAACUUGUCACAAAUAUUGAGACAGAGAUGUUCAACAUAUUUCGUAACACAGACAGCAAAUAUAUGAAUAAGUAUCGUACUAUAAUGUUCAACUUGAAAGAUCCAAAAAAUAAGGGCCUGUUGUUUCGACUGGUGCAAGGAGAGAUCAGCCCCUUCAGACUGGUCAGAAUGAGCCAGAAAGAUAUGCAGGCAAUACAGCCUCCAGAACCUCCUAAGGAGGUGAAGGCCACAACAUCUGUGAGAGUUUCACUGCAAAAGCCUGAACCAGUGAAGCUAGAUUUACCCAGUUUGAUUCAGACCAGAACUGAUAGGACUAAGAAUGUGCCUUUACUGGAACAAAAGAAAACUGUCCCUGAAUCUAUUAUAAAGUCAAAGAUGAGCCAGUCCAACCAAGGAGGGGGUGCUAUACCUGAUAUUCUCACUUGUAUGCUCAAGGACACUACAGCAGAACAUCAUAAGCACCUAUUUGACGUCAAAUGCAAAAUCUGCACAGGUCAAAUGCCACAAGAUGAAGUGGGAGAGCCUGUGCAGAAAAAAAAGAGAGUUUCCGAGGAGAAGCAUGAGCCUUUAUGGAAAAGGUCCAAAGGAGAGGACUCCCCUCUCCUAGCCCCUCCUGACUCCCCGGACAUGGACUCACCUGUGCCUCAUUUCACCAUGGGCUCUCCGGUUCUGACCAUCGUAGAGUCUCCCGCUUCACCCACCACCCAAGACUCUCCCGCCUCCCCCUCCAUGGAUACACCCGCCUCACCUGUCAUGGAGUCCCCUGCAUCCCCAAGUUCUGAUGAUCGACAGUCAGCUCCAAUGAAGUCAUACACACCAGUGGUCAUUCCAGCUGUUUCCACGGUAACCAUAACAAGACGUGAUCCUCGCACUGCAGCUAAUAGAUAUGCUGCUCUGACCAACAGUUCAGCAGCUCUGAGUGAUAGAGAAAUUCAGAAAUCAGACUCCUACUUUUCUUUAAAUGACACUCCUGCUCCACCUGUGUCUCUCCCCUCUGCCACAAUAUUACCCAAAUCUAUCCUCAUGAAACCAUCACAUUCAGGAGAUCCUAGACUUUAUGGCUCAUCCUCACGAAAUCCAUCUCCUAAAAUUUCUUGUGAGAGUGGGACUCCACAGUUUCUUUCAAAGCAGGACAUUCUCUGGAAAGGCUUUUUGAACAUGCUGACCAUUGCAAAGUUUGUCACAAAAGGAUACUUGGUUUCAGGCCCAGCUGAACAUUUAAAAGCGGACCUACCUGAUACAAUACAGAUUGGUGGGCGGAUUUUACCAAAAACUGUUUGGGACUAUGUUGCAAAACUGAAAACCUCAGUUACAAAGGAGUUGUGUGUCAUCCGAUUUCAACCAGCCACUGAUGAAGAGGAGGUUGCCUAUGUCUCAUUGUUCUCAUACUUCAGCAGCAGAGGGCGCUUUGGUGUUGUAGCAAACAACAGCCGUUCUAUAAAAGACAUGUACCUAUUUCCACUAAGUGCAAAAGAAGCUGUCCCAGCCAUACUUCAACCUCUUGAAGGACCAGGUUUUGAAAAGAACCGUCCAAAUCUUCUUCUAGGCCUUGCAAUCAUUCAAAAAUCAAAACGUCCUGGAAGCUUGUCGACAGAACUUGAAGAAAAGCGUCCCAAAGUGUCAAUGUCCUCUGAUCCCUCGUGGAUACCGAAACCUCCAAGUCUUUAUGGUUCAAACAAAGAAGACGACUUCCAGCCCUAUGAUCCAGAAAUUCCCAUAAGCAUAACGCCUCCAAGUUCACCUCCCAAAUCAAAUUUUAACUCUACCUCUGUUACAACCACAUCUGUAGCAUCUGUCUCUCAGUCUAAAACAAGCAAAGAAAGCUCUUCAUCUAAAAGCAAUACAGCAACCUCCAGUAAUGAAACGCCACUACAAACAAUAUUAAAACAAUUAUUUUCAACCAAGCAAACAGAGGCGAAUGUAUCUUCUGAUGCAAGUAGCACUGCAAAAGCAGCCCGAUCUAAGAAAUGUCCUUUGUCUAUGGUAGAUCCAAUAGUACAGCAGUUUGGAGGGAAAACAACAGUUAAAGAAAUAGAGGAAGAGGACAAUGAUGAUUUAGAUCGACCGUAUGAUCCAGAAGAGGAGUAUGAUCCUGUUGGUGGAUAUGGUGUUGUUCCCAAAAGUAGCAUAGACAUUAAAGAGAAUAUCCCUGAAUUUACAGAAAAUGUUAAUGAUGAUGUUGCUUAUGAUCCGGAGGAUGAAACAAUCUUUGAUGAUAUUAGAAAUGAAAAUACCUCCAAAAACAUCUCAGAUACAACUCAGGUGCCAAAGCCAAACUCGCCUACAAUUCUAGAUUCUCCCCAAGUGACACCUGCUCCAGUUUCUAAACCUAGUCCGACCCAAAUUGUUGCCCCAUUUGCUGCCCCAUCUGCUUCAGCUGCUGCUCCACCUGCUCCUCCAGCUGCUGCUCCACCUGCUCCUCCAGCUGCUGCUCCAUCUUCUCCUCCAGCUGCUGCUCCAGCUGCUGUAGCUUACGCGGUGCCUACAGGCACUGUGGUCAUAUCAGCUGAAACCCUGACUGAACAACAGCGCAUGCUUGAGGAACUGAACCGGCAAAUUGAAGAGCAGAAACGACAAUUAAGAGAACAGGAAGAGGCUCUGCGUAAACAGAGAGAGGCUGUGGGGAUGUUUAUGGCUCAGUUUUCAGUCUCUGAUUCGCUUGUAUCUCCGUCAUCAUCAGCGCUGCCUCUUAACAAACUUGUAACUUUGCAGGGUGGCGCAACGGAACCGGGCAACAGUCCUGUUUUGGAUACUACAUCAGAAAAAGAUAACUCUGUCUCUACAAUAAUAAAUGAAACAGACAAUUUAAAUGAUAAAAGUGAAACACUAGAAGCCUCUAAAGAAAAUGAAAAUGCUCCCUCUCCUGGUGAGGUGGGGGAUUCUGAUGUAGCGUAUGAUCCAGAGGAUGAAUCUCUUUUUGAUGAAAUUCAGGCUGGUAUGUUAGAGAAGCCCAGGUCGAAGUCUCGGGAUUCGUCUGUCUCUAAAAAUGAACGAAGUUCCGGCCAUAGCAAAAGGCACAAAUAUUCACCAAAGAGACGAAGUAAUCACGAAAGGAGCCGCCAUCGAAGUCCAUCCAGAAGAUCCCAGCGUCGCUCUCCUUCCCGGUCCCGAAGGCGGAGAGACAGAGACAGACACCACAGAAGUGAAAGAACCAUUUCAAGGCAUAGAUCCAGAGACAGAUCGGAGCGCCCCAAUCGAACACGGAGAGACAGUACCUCACAGACUCGGUCAAGACGAUGUAGAAGAUCCUCAUCAUCACAGAGGAAUAAAAACUCUGCCUCUCUUUCACCACGCCGAAGAAGAGAACACUCCCAACUAAGUCAAAUUGCUGCAAAAAGUGAAAUUAGUGCUUUUGCCACACAAGCAAAAAACCUUGAAGAGAACUUGCCUUCCCAAUCUCCUAAUAAUACAAAUGAUGUGGAUACAGAAGAGACACUACUCACAUUCCUGGUGACACAAGAACAACUUGCAAGUAAUGAUAAUACACCAGGUGACCUUAAACAGUUGAAAUGGGCUAGAGACCUUUUAAUGGAUGGCAAACUUGAUAGUCUAAUACCACUACGAGAGCUUGAACCGCCUACGAGAGACUCACCCCAAAGUCCAGAUCCAGAGCCACGAUUUUCAGAAGAUGUAUCUGAAAGUACUAACAUUAUAAAGAUGGAGAACAAUGUAAAAUUAGAACCUACUGAAGAGAAUAUUAAAAUUGAAAGUUGUUCUCAACCAAUUCUUACUCUUGGCAACACUCUUUUAAAUGAACAAAAGCCAGUAGAUUUAGUGGAAACAGCUGCUGUGGCUUGUGUUAAAGUAGAAUUCAAAUCUGAAGAAACAAUUUCAGAGAUUAAAAAACUGGAUGAUCCCAAGCCUUUUGCAGUUGAAACCCCUCCAACAAAAAAUGAAGACAGCCCAUGUAAAGAUUCUAUUCCAGGCUUGGGGGAUCUUGAAAAUAUUCUCCAGGCAUCAAGGGAUGAUAGCCCAACCUUAACAGACCCAAAACAAAACACAAAUAAACUUGAAGAUAUGUUCAGCAAACCAAAUAAAGACAUUGCUACUUUGAGAAAUAAAGGAACACAUGAUCAACAGUUUAGUAGCAGAAAUCAAAUGACUGAAAACCUCAAUGCUGACAGGGGUAUUAGAAAUAAAGAGUCAGCCAAUAGUAAUUUUAGCCAGAAUACACUUAUAGGCUUAACUAGAGAUCAGCAUUCCGAGUCAAACUUUGGGAAGGGUGAAAGAAGAUCUAGUCUAGAAAGAGAUUUCAGUCAAAGAAAUCCAAACAUUUGGAAUACUGGGCCUGUGACUUUUACUCAAAGUCAAAAUAUUCCUGAAUUACAAGAGAUAAGAUGUGGGGGUGAUAUUAUGGGACUUAAUCCAAGAGGAGACAUGACCAUCGGGUCUGACAUUAGUUUUGCCAAUCCCAGUUUACAUGGACAUCUAGCUGGAACUAAUAACCCGAAACAACCUGAACAGAGAGGAGCAGAUUUCCAUGCUCCAUGGAAUAACAGUGGUCCUGCUUUUAGAGGGAGGAAUUCUAGAGGUUUGCCAUUUGAAGGGCCUGGAUCUCACAGGGGGAGACAUGGUGGCCCACAGUUUGAUAGAGGAGGUGAACCUAGAGAUUCCUCUAUUGAUAGGCCAGGUCCACACAGAGAUAAAACUGUAGAUUCAAAUUUUGGUGAAUUUGAACAUAGAGAUACCCCUAUAGAUUGCCAAGGUCCACACAAGGGAGGCUUUGGUAGAGGUGGUCCAAUGGAGGCUCAGAGACACUACAGGGACGACUUGGAAAGACAGGGAGAGCCAGGUUUUGAUAGAGGAAGUUCGAUGGAUGGCCCAGGACCCCGUAGAGGGGGAUUUGGAGGGCCAGGGUUUGGAAGAGGAGGAGAACAUCGUGGUCCAGUAGAUGGCCCAGGACAUCACAAGGGGGGACGUGGAGAGCCAGAUUCUGAUAACGGCCUUUUGGAUGGGCCAGGACCCCAUAGAGGUGGUUUUCGAGGGCCAGGGUUUGGGAGAGGUGGGGAGUAUAGAGGUGGUCCUAUGGAUGUCUCAGGAUCUAAAAGAGUGGGACUUGAAGGACCAGAGUUUGAUAGAGGCCCGGUGGAUGGACCAGGAUCCUAUAGAGGUGGGUUUAGAGGGCCAGGGUUUGGUAGAGCUGGGGAACAUCUAGGUGGUCCUAUGGACAGUCCUCAACCCCACAGAGGAAGCUUUGGAGGGCCAGGUUUAGGUAGAGAUAGUCCUAUGGGUGGGCCAGGACAUCAAAGUGGGGACCAUGAAGAACCAGAAUUUGAGAGAAUCCCUAUGGAUGGACCACCUCAGAGGGGGGGAUUUAGAGGGCCAAGGUUUAGUAGAGGUUUGGAACAUGGAGGGGGCCUAGUGGAGAACCCAGGACCUCACAGUGGAGGACAUGGAGAUCCAGAUGUUGAUAGAGGCCCUAUGGAUGGCCCAGGACCCCACAGGGGUGGAUUUGGAGGAUCAGGAUUAGGCAGAGGUGGAGAGCAUAGAGGUGGCCCUUUGGAUGGCCUUGGAUCCCAAAGGGGAGGUUUUAAAAGGGCAAUUUUUGGUAAUGAGGGUUCUAUGGGUGGGCCAGUACCUCAAUGUGGGGGGCAUGAAGAAUCAGAGUUUGAUAGGGACGCUAUUGAUGGACCACCACAUAGAGGGGGAUUUAGAGGGCCAUGUUUUGGCAGAGGUGGUGAACAUCACGGUCCAGGUGAUGGCUCAGGGCCCCGUAGAGGUGGAUUUGGAGGCCUAAGGUUUGGUAGAGGUAGGGAUAAUGGAGGUGAUCCAAUAGACAACUCAGGGCCUCACAGAGGAGGACAUGAAGAGCCAGAUUUUGAUAGAGGCCCUAUGGAUGGCCCAGGACCCCAAAGAGGUGGAUUUGGAGGACCAGGAUUAGGCAGAGGAGGUCCUAUAGGUGGCCCUGGACAUCAAAGGGGAAGACUGGGAGAGCCAGAUUAUGAUAGAGAUAGCACUAUGGAUGUCCCAGGACCCCGUAGAUUUCAAGGGUCAGGGUUUGGUAGAGAUGGUCCUAUUGGUGGGCUAGGACCUCAGAGUGGAGAGGAUGGAGAACCACAGUUUGACAGAGGCACUAGGGAUGGACUACCACAGAGAGGGGGAUUUAGAGGGCCAGGGUUUGGUAGAAGUGGGGAACGUCAUGGUCCAAUAGAUGGUCCAGGACAUCAUAGGGGAGGACAUGGGGAGCUAGAUUAUGAUAUGGGGCCUAUGGAUGGGCCAGGGUCCCAUAGAGGUGGAUUUGGAGGACCUGGGUUUGGGAGAGGUGGGGAGCAUAGAGGUGGUCCUAUGGAUGGCCCAGGACAUCUGAGAGAGGCACAAGGGGGGCCAGAGUUUGACAGAGAAGGCCCCAUGGAUAAUUCAGAACCACAACGAGGUGGUUUUGGAGGGUCAGGGUUUGGUAGAGGAGGGGGGCAUAAAGGUGGUCCUAUGGAUGGCUUUCACAGAGAAGGGUAUGGUGACCAAAUGUUUGGUAGAGGUGGAGGGCCAAGUUUUAAUAGCACUGGCCCUGUGGAUGGCCCAGGACCAAAUAGAAGGGGACAUGGGGGACAAGGUUUUGGUAGAGGUGGAGAACGUGCAGGCGGCCCAAGGAAUGAUCCAGGAUGGAGCAGAGGAGCAUUUAGUGGGCCUGAUUUGGAUAUAGAUGAUGAACAAAGAGAUAUGGGAGAUCAAAGACCGCAUAAAGGAUUUGGAGGGCCAGGUUUUGGAAAUGAUGGCCCAAUGGAUGGCCCAGGUCCAAACAGAGGGGGGUAUGGAGGGCCAGGGUUUGAUAGAGGUGAUGAACAUCAAGAAGGCCCAAUAGAUGGUCCAUCACCUCUUAGACAGGGCCCACACAGAGGAGGGUUUGGAGGGCCAGGCUUUGGCAGAGGUAGCCCUAUGGAUGGCCCAGGACCUCAUAGAGGGGGACAUAAGGGGCUAGGCCCCGGUAGAGAUUGGGAACACAGAGGGGGCCCUAGAGAGCCAGGCUUUGGAGGAGAUGGUGAAAACAGAGGGGGCCCAAUUUGCGAUCCAGAGCUGUAUAGAGGGCCAGAUUUUGAGAGGGGUGCUGAAUAUAGAUGUGGUCCUAUGGAUGGGCCCGGUCCAGUGCACAGUGGCAUACCAAGGGCUCAAGAUUUCAGAGGAAGAGAUGGACCAGGAAAUCCUAGAUCUCACAGGGGUGGGCCUAUGCCAGACUUUGGACCUGAAGGUGAAGUUUGUAGCCCUGGAAAUGAAAACUGGGGGGCUAUACGGGGAAACCCCCAUCCCAGUAUUGAAGGACCUCAACAUGAGGGCAAAGUUCCAGACAAUAGGGGGCAAAGUCAAACACAUGAAUGGCCAUUUGGGGGCCUGAGGGAUGGCCCAGAUGAUAGACAGAACAGGGGUGAUUUUAGUGGUCCAAGGCAUGAUCAAAGGCCUGAAGGCUGGAGACCAGAAGAUGAUUGGAACCAGAACUGGGAAAACAGACAAGAUGAUGACAGACCAGAAAGAUCACGCCCUGGAAGGGACAGGAGGUCCCAUGACAGCGAAAGAAACAGAGGGCGAGACAUGAGAGGAGAACAAUGUCGACCUCUUCAUAGAAGAAGUUCAAGCAGGGACCGAUCUACCCACAGAAGGGAUCAGGACUCAGGCCCAAAGUCUGAUUUACCAAAAGUUGACUCUGACCCUAAAUCUGGAGAAAUAAAAGACCCUACAUCAGGUGCAACUAGAUCUGAACAGUCUGAUAACACUCUGACAGACACAGAACAAAUGAUGCCUCCAAGGCACAAAACUCCUUUACUUCCCACUCCUCCAGAUGGUCCCUUAUUUCCCUUUCAAUCACAUGGAAGGCAACGAGGGAGAGGGAGAGGAGGACGAAGGAGAUAGACUGCCGUGGAAAAAGUUAAAAGUGUAAACAAUGAAACAAUAUACAUGUUCAUAGACUCUAAAUGCUCUAGACCUUAAUAAGUAACUCACUGGCAACUUGAGGUUGUUGUAGUUGAUUUUAUUUGAUUAUGAACAUGUUGAACUAAGUUUUGUUCUGUAAAUUAUCAUUGCCAUGUCAAUACAGAAAGGUUGCUGUAUGGUAAAUCUAUAGUUUGAAGUUUUUUGUUCUUUUUUGGUUUUGUUUUGUUUUGUUUUGUUUUUUUUAAUAAACUGAAUAAA